UUUCCAUCAAAUUAUUUACAUAUGCUUAUCCUACUUUGAUGAUACAUGAUGUGAUCAAAUUAUUUUCUUUUACUCCCAAAAAUUAAAAUUAAGUAACCUUUUAUAUAUUCUUUAAUUUUCCUUUGCAGGUCUCCUGUAAAAAUUGUUGAAGUCUAAUUUGAUCAUAUUUUACUUCUGUUCAUAAUCUGGUUUAUAGGUGUGGAACUGUGGAUGGACCACAGGGUAAAACUGAUGAGUCGUUACUAUUUGCCUUUUGCCAUGGACCAGACUGUCGUACCAUUCAUCUUAAGGAAAUGAAGCACAAAUUUGAUAAAAAAUACUUUGAUAUAGCUGUGUUCAUUGCCUUCAGAAAUAAAAUUUGCUCAAGAUGUAAGUUCUCUUCCUUUCUUAACGGACUGCUUCAUAUUUUUGGAACAUCAAUAUUACGUGUUUACGCUGGAAACAUUUUUGACCAUGAUGCAUCCUGCUUGGUAAUUUUUUUUGCUCUCUGUUUUUUCUUGUUCUUUGUUUAGCGUGAUCAGUAAUUGGGAAAAAAGUAGCGAUCAUGUUUAGUAAGAUACUAUCUAUCUUCCUUUGUGGUACUUAGUUUUUAUGUCAAUAAAAUGGUUAUUUAUGUAUCCUCUGUUGUAUCAUACUGAUGGAUUUGGAUGUGUUUUUUUAAUCAUUUUAUGAAUAUCAUGUUUAAGCUUGCCGUUUGAUGGUUAUAAUAAUGUCUGUGCAUAAUCCACGUGUACGUUAAUGAGAGAACAGAAAGUUGACAUUAGUAGUAGUGCAAGGCAAUCAUGCUUAAGAACCCUUAUUAAUUCAGUAGAUACUCAUGUAGUUUGAAUAUCAAAGCUUUCCUUUAAAGAUCACAGCAAGAAAUUCUAUGGUUGCCAUACAGCAGGAAUCCCUUGGUCCUAUAAAUGGCAAAGAGUUUUUUCUUCAAGUAGAUUCUUAUACCCACUUUUCAAGUUAUCAUUUCUUCACCUUUAUUCUCUUUCGACAGAUUUUUAUUUCCCCAUCUUUCUUCCUCCAUGUACCAUAAUCCUUAGGCUCUUUCCGUAUUCAUAUGCAAGAUGAUCUUAGGUAAGAGAAAUCUACAACUACCUUUUGUUUGUCCUUGGUAUCUUUUCCUUCUCUGUUACCAUUGUUCUUCCCUGAAAACUUGUCCAAAUUGUGGCUCAAUCGAAGUUCCAUAUCCUCUGAGCACAAACCCCAACUGUGGUGAUCCAGACUAUUCCCUCCGUUGCGAUUCUCAUUCUCAUAAACUUUACUUUGAUGCUCUGAAUGGAAGUUCUUACCUUGUUCUUCAAAUCAUGGCUUCAUCUCAACACAUGGUAGUGCAAACAUCACCAUGGCUACCUGGUGCAUGCAUUACUCAAGACAUGCCUGUGAGUGAGGGCCUCUGGUUGAAUCGGACACUCCCCUUCAAUGUCACCUCAUCGAACACAAUCUUCCUCUUUAAUUGUUCACCACGCCUUUUGGUCUCUCCUCUGAACUGUACGGAUUCUAGUCUUUGUCACCUAUACUUGGAGAGCUCUGGGCAUGUUGAUGACAAACGAGCUCUUGAGUGUGCUAGUAGUCUUCGCCCUUGCUGCACCUUUGUUGCAGGUGGAAUGCCUUCAGCUUACAAGAUACGUCUUCACAGUUCAGGCUGUAGAGCAUUCAGAAGCAUCCUUCAUCUGGAUACUGAUAAGCCAGCGAAUCAAUGGGAAGAGGGUUUGGAAAUCCAAUGGGCAGUGCCACUUGAACCAGUUUGUAAAAACCAGCUUGAUUGCUCUGGGGCUUCCAAGUGUGUACCAGCUGGUGCAAAAGGGCGCUCUCGCUGUGUUUGCAAUAGAGGCUACCACUGGGACCAUAUUCUAUUAAGUUGCAUGAGGAAAAAGUCUAGCACUAGAGCUGGCCUCAGAUUGAAGGUCUCAAUCGGAGUAUUCUCUUUCUUCUCUGUGGCAAUAGUAUUGGGUGCAAUAACAGUAAGGAGAGCAUAUAAACGUUCCAAUCAGGCAAAGCUUGCCAAGGCAAGAGAAGAUUUGUUGAAAUCAAACAACGGUGGGAAAACUGCAAGGAUGUUUCACCUGAAAGAGGUAAAGAAAGCAACAAACAAUUUCUCUGAAGACCGGGUUUUGGGAAGUGGUGGCUUUGGGGAAGUCUACAAAGGAGUGCUUCAAGAUGGAACUCUGGUAGCUGUUAAGUCAGCUAGAGUUGGUAACAUCAAAAGCACCCAGCAAGUACUCAAUGAAGUUGGGAUACUCUCUCAAGUCAAUCACAAGAACUUGGUAAGACUCUUAGGAUGUUGUGUGGAAGCUGAGCAGCCUUUGAUGAUCUAUGAAUACAUUUCAAAUGGAACACUUCAUGACCAUUUACAUGGUAAGUACUCUACAUUUCUUGACUGGAAGAAAAGGCUGAGAAUUGCUUUACAAACUGCCGAAGCAUUGACCUAUCUUCACUCUGCGGCAUACACUCCAAUCUAUCAUAGAGAUGUCAAGUCAUCUAAUAUACUGUUGGAUGAUGACUUCAAUGCUAAAGUUGCAGACUUCGGGCUUUCAAGGUUGGCUUGCCCUGGACUGAGUCAUGUGUCAACCUGUGCUCAAGGGACAUUAGGGUACUUGGAUCCUGAAUAUUAUCGCAACUACCAAUUAACUGAUAAAAGUGAUGUCUAUAGUUAUGGGGUUGUACUGCUUGAGCUGCUAACUUCCCAAAAGGCGAUUGACUUCUCACGGAACGAAAAUGAUGUCAACCUUGUCAUUUUCGUCAGUGAACGGGCCACUGGCGGUGCACUCAUGGACGUGGUGGAUGACCGGCUGUUGGGAAAGGAACCGUCAGGUAAUCUUGAAAUAAGUGUAAGACUUUUCUCAGAACUUGCUCUUGCCUGCCUGCAGGAGAGGAAGACGGAUAGGCCUUGCAUGAAAGAUGUUGUUCAAGAGCUGCAGCACAUAAUUCAAACCGUCGAUCAAGAAGAGGUUUGAAAUGAGAGAUUAGGUGCGGAUAUGGGAUAUUGGUGUUGAUGAUGCUGAUAUUAUGUUGCCCCCACAGAAGCUAAAGUGAUUCCAUGAAUCAACUAGAGUGGGCGGAAAGACUCUGGAAAAAUACUAAUAAAGGGUUAGGAUCGGAUUCUUAUUUUAUGAAAAAAUAUGGAAGCAUCAGAAUAUUGAAGACUUUCCAGUAGGGGGUCACUGGAACCUAUUAGGAUUUGGUAAACGAAUUACUUCUUGUUGUACUAAAGCAUACAAGCUUUUUCUAAUGGGGAAAGCACUUGGAUAAGGAUUGUAGUUUGGACUCCUCAUGUAAGGGAAAAAAUAGUUUAUUAUUUAAAGUUUCAAUUGCUGUAUGUGUGUGUAUGGA